AUGGUGCUCUCUUUUAUCCUUGUCCAGAAUCGCCAGGGCAAGACGCGUUUGGCAAAGUGGUAUGCGCCGUACAGUGAUGAGGAGAAGGUCAAAUUAAAGGGCGAGGUUCACCGUCUGGUCGCGCCCCGAGACCAAAAAUAUCAAUCGAACUUCGUCGAGUUCCGCCGCAGUACAAAGGUUGUCUACCGCCGAUACGCGGGGUUGUUCUUCUGCGUCUGCGUGGACGCCAACGACAACGAACUCGCCUAUUUGGAAGCGAUUCAUUUCUUCGUUGAAGUGCUGGAUCAAUUCUUCGGGAACGUUUGCGAAUUGGAUCUUGUGUUCAAUUUCUACAAGGUCUAUGCUAUUCUCGAUGAGGUCUUUCUUGCCGGAGAAAUUCAAGAGACAAGCAAGCAGGUGGUUUUGACACGACUCGAACAUUUGGAUAAGCUGGAGUGA